UCGUUACUUCGCCGGCCGCCGUCCCCAUUUGUAGUCCACCCAUCCAGGCGUCGAUCAGCUGCCAAUACCCCAGUUCCAGAUCGCUGGGUAGCUGAGCUCGCGCUCCCUGAGUCCCGACGACGUCUCUGUGCUCCGGAGUUCCCACGUCAGCACGCGGCUGUGCUCCCGAUCCCAACGCCGGUAAGCCGUUUCCCAUGUUCUGACAACUCGGGCAACUGUUCUGGGCAUCCAUGGAGCCGAUCCAGGGCUUCCCCAGGCGUUCCUCCGAGCAUCUGGGCCGAGGCGGCGUUGGAGAGGAAGAGGUGGACCGCAUCAGCGACCUAGACGACGACCUGCUCCUCCUCAUCCUCGCGCGUCUCGGAUGCGUCCGCGCCGCCGUGCGGACUGGCGUCCUCUCCCGUCGGUGGCACGGCCUCUGGACCAUCCUCCGGCACAUCGUCAUCAGUGACGUCCCGUUCCCCUCGCUCGAAGCGGCUCUCGGCCACGUCCCUCGCCCACCUCCGGGUCUUUCCCUCCUUGAUCUCCGUGUCCCGGACAAGCCUGACGCCGCCGGCGUCACCUCGCUGUUAAGAGCCGCCGCGCUGCUCGAGCCCAAGGAACUCGCCUUGGCCGUUCCAUGGCGCUUUUUUUGUAACUCGCCCAUGUUAUCCCUCCAGCUGCCGGCCGACAUCAAGUUCCCUGCGCUGGAGACAUUGUCCCUCUCAGGCUGUCAUGUCCGCUUCGAAUCCUUCCUCCCCUGGUGUCCCCUCCUGCGCGUGCUCAGGCUAAAGUUUCAUGACCUUGCUGGAAACCACGAGGACAUCAAUACCUUCAUGACAGUCCACUCCGCGUCGCUGCAAGAGCUUUCUGUGGAAGCCCAGGAGGUAUAUAUAAAUACUGUCGACCUUGUUCUUCCGGAGCUUAAACAUUUGAAGGUGUCUCUGAGGACUUACGGUGAGGUCAACAUAGUAUCUAUCUUGGCACCAAUGGUGGAGAACAUCUCAUGGCAAUGGUCCUAUUGCUCCAUUGACUAUGGUCUUUGGCGAAUUCUCAAGUUGAGGCUGCAGGCAGGAGAGAGACAUGGAGAGUUCCCUUCGCUGCAAAUUCACGCCCGUAUUGUGAGUCUCUUCUUCAUGCUCAAUUUCUUGCAACUUCUGGCUGUACUAAAUUUUUGUAAAUGA